CUGAGGAGGGAUGGAGUGUUUGAGCCUGUGUGUGUGGUGGUGGGGAGAGUAUCGGAGCUUGUGAGAGAAAGGAGGAAAGAGAAGGAAAGAGGGGGGUGGUAGAUCGAGAGAGAGAAAGGGGAGGGAGCUUCUGGGAGCAAUUCUGGACUACCGCUCAAACACUGCAGUCUUUCUUCUGCUUCUCUGAGGAAACAGAGAGGCAAGUAACUCUCCUUACUUCUCUGGCUUCUUUGGCUGCGUCGCUAUGACCCUGAUGGACACCUUGAUCUCCUUACCCACCUAGAGAAGAGGAGAAUUAAGCUGUAGCGGAGGAGGGAGAAACAAGAGGAGGCGACACCACACACUUUGCCUCUUUGAUGAGAGUCUGGAAAUUAAUGACCCACCGUCAUCACAGAGGGGGAAGCGCAGAGAGGGGCACAGUUAACAGAAUAGCUGAGAGUUGAAGAGGGUGACUUUCUAGAUGUGUGAAGAAUAGGCUGUGAAGAGGCGUAGAGUGACCCCUAGGCACUUCUCAGAAACAAUAAGGGACAAGUUUGGGUCGACGCGUGAAGCGAGGAGUAAAUUAGGCAAGGCAGUAACUCCAGAGGGAUACUAAUUCAAGAAGCCAAAGAAUAGCCCAGUCGCAAGCAUCCUUCAUCCUUUCAUCCCUCCUUCCAGCCUUCCUCCUACAUCCAUAACUGCAUCCUUAACUUUCAUCUCCUUGUCUUUUAUUAGUUCUUCCUUUUGCAUGUCAGCAAAAGCACAUCCUCAGCCACAUUCACAUGCCGAACACUCAGAAGCACCUAAGACCACAGCGCAGCAAUGCAUUCUCAGCAAUAGGUGUGUCAUCUGCUGCUGAGUAUAAGAAGUUGAUUUAGUCAUAUUAGAGGUGUCAUUAUUUGCUGAGAAAGGAGCAUCUGCUCUGGAACUCCUCAUGAAACCAGAGCACGACACCUGUGUUUGAGGGAUUACGCUAAGGGAGACAGAAAUGUGCAGAUGUCCACAUGCAUGGCAGGACAGUGUCCUAAAUACACUGAAUUAUACAGGUGGUGUUGCCAGAAUAUGCAAGGUCUCCUGCUGAAUGUGAUGACUCUAAAAGACUAGAGACAAACUCAACAGAGAGUGACUUUUAAAGACUUUUGAAGGCUAACUGAACUUCCACAAUGAGACGCUCAAGCACAGAUGAGACUCCUUACCGACGCAGUCCAUCUCUGGACAGCAAACCCGACACUCCGCCGUUCUCUUCUGGUUUUCACCGAUUCAGUGGGGAGUUCGAGUAUAAGAGACCUCCUUUUGCUUUCGGCUUUCACACAACAAAGGGGCCAAAGAACUCCAAUGGGCGCUAUGCCCAGGGGAAGAAGUAUGUGGUGUUUUACCUGGACCUCUCCUUCAUAUUCCUUCUAGAACUGCGGCGCUGCAGGAUGGCUGAGGGUUGCAUGAUGGCCCUGCGCUAUGGAAUGGUCUUCUUCAACCUCCUUUUCUGGUUGGGAGGAUGUGGCAUCCUGGGGGUAGGAAUCUGGCUAACAGUGACCCAGGGUAACUUUGCCACACUCUCAUCAUCCCUUCCCUCUCUGUCGGCAGCCAAUCUCCUCAUCGCAGUAGGGACAAUCAUCAUGGUGAUCGGAUGUCUGGGCUGCGUGGGAGCUGUCAAAGAAAGCCGCCCUCUGCUGCUGGCGUUCUUCAUUCUUCUCCUGCUCAUCUUUUUUCUGGAAAUUCUGUCCAUCAUGCUUUUUUUCAUCUACCAAGAUGAGAUUGAUCACUAUGCUCAGAGGGAUUUGAAGAAGGGCCUCCGGCUCUUUGGCACAGAGGGAAACGUGGGUUUGACCAACGCCUGGAUGAUUGUACAAACUGAUUUUCGUUGCUGUGGAGUCACCAACCACACAGACUGGUUCGAGGUUUAUAAUGCCACCCGAGUGCCAGACUCUUGCUGCCUGGAGUACAGCGACAACUGUGGACUGGACAACCCAGGAACUUGGUGGACUGCUCCUUGUUAUGAGCGAGUAAAGGACUGGCUAAACGAGAACCUGGUGGCACUUUGGAUCUUUGCUCUAUGCACAGCUCUCACCCAGAUCCUCGGUCUGGUCUUCUCUAUGACAAUGUUCUGCCAGGCAGUGAAAGUAGAGACCUUUUACGCCUAGCAAUCGACCCCCCUGCCCUUCAGCGUGCUUGGAUUGUUUCUCAUCUGAGAGGGACUCAUGACCCUCCGCAACCUCACAUCCUUCUUCUUCAUUGAAAAACGUUUUUUGUUAACCUUGUCUUCUCUAUGACAUUUGCUCUCAGAUGUCACCAGUAUUCCUGCUAACUAUCAACCAACACAGUGUCGGUGUUAUCACUCAGUCAUGUUUUGCUCUGUGUUAAAAGCUAAUUUUUUGUGAAAUAUUUUAUCAAAUAGUAUUACGAACAAGUAUAAAACAAUGUAACCAUUUUUUUAAUAUGCGUUUUGUUUAAAUUAUUUUAAGGUUUUUAUGUGUUUUGAAAAUAGGAGUUCCAGCUGAGAAAAGCGCACUGGGUUUAGUGCUGCAAGUGCAUGUCUCCUGCGAUGAUGUGAAUUAAAUGUUUUGACUCAA